UUUGAUUUUUUUUCUGUAUACAAAGUUUAGUACUUGUCCACCAUGUUCACAUAACUACCUACUCACAACCCAAGCUUGAAUUCAAGAUACAACAAUGAACGUCGCGAACAGCGAGAACAAUGUAUGUGAAACAAUAGGUGAGGCUGAUGACAUGGACAAUGAAGACAUAUACACCACCCAGCCGUGUGAUGAGAUUGACAAGUCAAUCUACUUGGAAAUAAAAGCUAAACUUGGUUCUAAAGACAAGACAAGCUUUAUUGACAGCAUUCAAGACAUAUACAACCACAACAUAAAAGAAAUAAAUGAUGUAAAAGAGAGUUUGUAUGACUACGCCAAGCAGACGUGUGUUAACUUCCCAGCUGGUCUACUUGUGAGAAGAAAAAAUACUCAGGCAACAACAGCGCCGGCCAUAUACAAGUGUGCUCAAGAUGUGUACUACCUAUAUCAUUACAUUGAAGGUACUAUUCCUGCACAUGUCCUGCAAACUAAGGUGCUCAGCAGAGCAAGUGUACGACAUCUAUCUAUGUCGACACCAGGUACGCCAUCAACAGCCAACGACGUCACCAACGUCAAUACACCAAUCAAGAUCAACAGCACAUCUUCAUCAUCGACUACUCCCACUGAACGAGCUUCAGGUGAGACAAACUAUCCAGGAAAAGGAUAAAUCUAUAUCAGACCUACAAUCUAAGCUCAGUGACUCUGAAAACAGAAGGUCAGAACUGAGAUCGGAACUGAAACUGUAUAGUCAAGAAAAUAAAUCAUAUCGGGAUCACA